AUGUUGCGUCUACCAGCUAUCAUGAGGCCUGUGUUGGCCAGGGCUCUAGCACCCUCCUCCUCAUACGCUGCACCUGCAUUGACACGUUGCUAUGCUAAAGACAUCAAGUUUGGUGCAGAGGGUCGAGCAUUGAUGCUGGAAGGAGUUGAUCUCCUAGCUGAUGCUGUGGCAGUCACACUUGGACCAAAGGGUCGUAAUGUGAUUAUUGAGCAGAGCUGGGGUAGCCCUAAGAUCACCAAGGAUGGAGUAACUGUAGCCAAAUCUAUUGAGCUAAAGGACAAACAAAAGAACUUGGGUGCUAAGCUGGUACAAGACGUGGCCAAUAAUACCAAUGAAGAGGCUGGAGAUGGGACCACAACAGCCACGGUGCUGGCCAGAGCCAUAGCUCGGGAAGGCUUUGAGAACAUCAGUAAAGGAGCUAAUCCUGUAGAGAUCCGUAAAGGAGUCAUGAUGGCAGUGGACUGUGUGGUUGAUGCUCUCAAGAAACUCUCCAAGCCUGUCACUACACCAGAGGAAAUAGCGCAGGUUGCAACCAUUUCAGCCAAUGGGGACCAAGCAGUUGGAGGCCUGAUAUCCCAAGCUAUGAAGCGUGUUGGUCGUGAUGGUGUAAUUACUGUCAAAGAUGGCAAGACACUUCAUGAUGAACUAGAAGUCAUAGAAGGACUCAAGUUUGACAGAGGUUACAUCUCCCCUUACUUCAUCAACGCUGCUAAAGGGCAGAAAGUUUUCUUUGAAGACGCCCUGCUUCUGUUGAGUGAGAAGAAGAUCUCUAGCAUUCAGGCCAUUGUGCCUGCCCUGGAGUUAGCUAAUGCACAGAGGAGACCGUUAGUCAUUUUAGCUGAAGAUGUGGAUGGAGAAGCACUCAGUACACUGGUUCUAAACAGGCUGAAGGUUGGUUUGCAGGUAGUUGCUGUCAAAGCACCAGGCUUUGGAGAUAACAGGAAGAACCAGCUACAUGAUAUGGCCAUAGCUACUGGAGGAUUGGUGUUUGGAGAUGAAGCCAUGGAUGUCAAGAUCGAAGAUGUCCAACUGCAGGACCUUGGCCAGAUAGGUGAAAUCACUGUCACUAAAGAUGAUACACUUAUACUCAAAGGUAAAGGUGAUCGGGAAGCCUUGGAUCGCCGUAUUGUUCAAAUCAAGGAUGACAUUGAGGAAACAACCUCCGAGUAUGAGAAGGAGAAAUUUAGUGAGCGACUUGCCAAGCUGUCUGAUGGAGUGGCAGUAUUAAAGAUUGGUGGCUCAAGUGAUAUAGAAGUAAAUGAGAAGAAGGACCGUGUGAAUGAUGCAUUGAAUGCCACCAGGGCAGCGGUGGAGGAGGGGAUAGUACCUGGAGGUGGGGUAGCAUUACUCAGAUGUAUACCAUCAUUAGAUGAUCUCCAAACACCCAAUAACGACCAAGCUACAGGAGUAAGCAUCAUUCGCAAAGCACUACAGAUGCCAUGUACCCAGCUGGCCAACAAUGCAGGCGUUGAGGGGCAAUUAGUAGUUGCUAAAAUCAUGACCUCAGAGACGGAGGUAGGCUAUGAUGCAAUGAAUGGCCAAUAUGUAGACAUGGUCAAGGCUGGUAUAAUUGACCCUACAAAGGUUGUGAGAACAGCCCUAGUUGAUGCAGCGGGUGUGGCGUCGCUGCUAUCCACAUCAGAAGCUAUCGUUACAGAAAUCCCUAAAGACGACAAGAUGCCUGAUAUGGGUGGAAUGGGUGGUAUGGGUGGCAUGGGGGGAAUGGGUGGUAUGGGUGGUAUGGGUAUGUAAGCACCUAUUCAUUAGGAACUGUUAUAACAUAUUUAAUAGAUCCUUUGGCUUUUACAUAGAAUGUACUAUAAAUCAAUAGUGGUCCAUGUUUGUCAAUGUCUCUCUUCUUGGCUACAUGUGAGUGAUUGAAGAUAUUCAAAGAUUUGUUGGUCUGUCUCGUGUAAUUUCAAACUGCUAAAUACAGAUAUGAUUUUUUUUGUUUCAAUAAUUAGCCUGACUAUUAAACUAUACUGGAUGUUUAUUGAAUAGUCCAAAUGAUAAUGAUUCCAGCUGUUGUAACUGUUGAAAUUAUGGGGAGUUAUCAAUCACAAUAAUAUGAGUGGAUGAGUCAUUAUUUUAACUUGGUCUUACCCUUUGAGAUAUGAAAAGAAAUUGAGUCCCUUGUUCCUCGUCAGCAACUUCCAAAUUAUGAGGCUUUUUGUAUUUACUGGGCUUGCUUUGGUACAUGUAUCAAGACAGAAGGCCUCAUGUUAAAUUCCAGUCCCAGUUCAUGGAGGAAUGGGAUUAUAUGAUGUUGGGGUGGUGGCACAUAUCUAUCAGAAACAUUGCCAGAGUAAAUUGAAUAAUACAAAUUUUAACACUAAAACUAUUUUCAAAAGUUUCAACAUUUCAAGUAAUCUGGUUUCAAAUUUCUAUUAAUUAGGUUUGGAAAGAUCGGUUUUAAUUAAGCAAAUUGGUAUCAAAGUGAAUGGUAUCUUAGGCUUCAUUUUAACUUGUUGCCUGGAUGUACAUUGUAUAGUUUAGACAAAUUGAUUCUGAUCUUUUGUUUUAUUAUGUCAUCAAAAUUGCGGAUAACUGCACACUUUUUCUUCAAUAAACUUGUAAUUGUACCACUAGAUAGGUGAACUUUUUCCCAAUUAUGCUUUGACAAAUUAAGAUAUAUUGUAUUCAUUUCUUUAUAAAAUGGAGGAUACUGCAAGUCUUUAUAUUGUACUUUGGCAUUUAUUUGAAUCAAAGUUAGGAUUUUGUGUGUACAAACUUGUAGAGAGGUACAUUUUUUUACACCGUUGUCCAUGUACAUUUGUAUCAUGCUGUUAGCCAGUUGCAUAAUUUGUUUCUCAAAAAGGGAAACUUCCUUAAAUUAACAUGGUUGAAUAUCAUGAAUGUCAAAGUUAAGAAUUCUUCAGUGAGAAUCACUCAUAAUUAUACUUUGUUUCAAGGGGAUUCGGUAUGCCAGUCACAGACACCAUUAAAAAAGUACCUAUUUUGAAUACAAAACCACCGGCAUGGUAAUGUUUUCCAUAUUUGGUAAUAAAUACCAUAAAACACAAUUUUCAAGUUUCAGUA